AUGACGACGACGGAGACGGCGACGGCGGCGACGGCGAGGGAGCCGCGCGAGGCGUCCCGGCGGGAGGGCCGCGACUCGCACGGCAGGCGCCCGCACUCCACGUCCAGGUCGCGCCGGGACGACCCGAGCCCGAGGAGGCGGAGAGACGACAGGAGGCAUGACUCCGACAGGAGCCAGCACAGGCGUCGGGCCGAGGAGGGCGCCGGUGAUGAGGGCGACCGUGAUGAGAGGAGGAACAGGCACUUGCAGGACGCGAAGGAGCGGAGCGAUGGUCCUGAUCCAGGGCACGGGGAUGGGAAGACGCAGCCAAGCGAUGCUAAAGAGGACCAUCACGCGAGGCACGAGAGGUCUCCCAGGGGAACCAAGCGGUUCUCCGAGACGAGAGAGGCCUGGCGGCCUAGAUCUUCGUUCUUUCAGCAUGAUGAGCGUGAACGUGCUGGGCAAGGUGGUCGACGCUAUGGUCGCCAAGAUUAUGGAAGACAAAGGGAUCAAAAUGAGCAUCUCGAUGAUAGAGAUAGACACAAGUAUGAGGGACAUGGUUUGCAGGAAAAGUUUGGGCAGCCUCAACAACACAGUGAUGUUGAUUCUACAUGGAAGCACGAUGGGUUUUUCAAGUUGCAGGAAGACGCUCCGGUUGCCAAAAGGAGGUCAGGAUUUAAGGAGAUGAGAAUGCCACUGGAGGGGCAAGAAUCAGCUCCUGCUGUUACAGAACCGAAUUCAAGAUCACGUAUACCUGAUCAACCUGGGUGGACCUCUGGAAUGGGAGAAGAAAGGAGAAACUACCAUUCACGGGAAUUCAUAAGGCCUGAUGAUCGAGAUACCAGGAGGGGAUUUUCUGAUUACCGGAGUGCUGGUCAGAGAAAUGGCUAUGAUCCAAGAGGGCGUUUUGCUGGCAGAGGGGGAAGGGGCAGAGACAGGUUUGACUGCCAGUAUGGUGGAAGAAGCAACAUGCACGAGGAUGCCGGUGAUCAUCAGACAGAGAAAUGGAAGCAUGACCUUUAUGAUGAGACGAACAGUACCCCAGCUCCGAUGACUGAAGAAGAGCAGAUUGCAAAAGUCGAAGCACUGUUGGCACUGUAG